GCUUACUUCUCCUCUUUCUUCCUGUUCGGACUGAUAGCGAAAGUGAAAGACAGCAGCGGUACAACAUUCAGUCUGCCCGCUCGGAUGAAUCACUGUAUGUAAAAAAUAAAACAUUAAAAUGCCACGAUGUCCAAACCUCGAUUCAAAAUAUGGAAGCAUAAAUCAUUACACGGUAAUGAAAUUCAGAGAGAAACUCGAAAACUUGUCCAUCUCAGAUCACCAGGGCCUGAGCAGUCCGGGGCUGACCUGCUAUCUGAACAGCGUCCUGCAGGUCCUCUUCAUGACCGAAGAGUUUAGGGAAGCAGUGAAAAGAGAUUGGAGUAAAAGUCCAACAGCAACCAUUGAUUUCCACCUGGGGGAGCUUUUCUAUACUUUAGAGGGAGGCAUGGCCAAAACACACAACAUCACAAAAACAUUGGGCAUCAAAGACGUUUUUGAGCAACGUGACGCUGCUGAGUACUUUGAGAAGAUCCUCUGUCGUACCAAUCCAGACGCCGCUGAGAUAUUCAAAGGUGAGCUGAAUCAUAAAACCACCUGUUUAAACUGCAAGAAGACAAACAAUUCGAAAAACUUCUUCUGGGUCCUACCGCUGUCAAUGGGAGACUCAACGUCUAGAAGCUACAGCGUGCUGAAAGGUUGGAGGAGUUUCUUUAAGGCACAAAGAGUCUGUAAGGACAACCAGAUGUUCUGCAGUCACUGCAACCAAAAGCACGACGCCGACGCUGAGUACGAGAUGACGCACUGUCCAGAUGUUCUGACGCUGCUGCUGAAGAGGUUCUCCUUCGACUACCAGCAGAACCGUUACGUCAAGCUGAACUGCAGAGUUGAUGUGGCCCAGACUUUAGAAAUCAAGAACUGCAGGUACGACCUCUACGCUGUGGUUCAUCACUUCGGUGAUCUGAUGGGAGGCCAUUACACUGCAGACAUCAAGUCCUUUGAAACUGGAAACUGGUACUGCUUCAAUGACAACACCGUUAAAUGUAUCAAUGAAGUGUAUGUUAAAUCUGGACAAAACCAAAUAAGAUCAUCGACAGCUUAUCUCCUGAUGUACAAAAUGAUGAGUGGACGGCCCGAGGAGACUGAUGGGAGCGCUAUGGGAGAUUGUUUUCUUCUGUCACCUGAAAUGGGAGACAGAUGUAAUGAGGCAAAACCAAGAGACGAUCUUGUUUUUGAAGAUCUCCUGAAAACUGAAAGCCAUAUAGAAGACAUGUGGCAUUUGAACGGUGAUAUGACCAGAGAUGUUGAGUUCAAGAAGAAACAUUCAAACUCUUCCAGAGGAAGGAAUGAACAAUUGAACCAAAGAGCAACACAAAGGAAACCAGAGGGAUUCAUGUGGCUACCAGCAGACACUGAAGCAAAGGAUUCAAAUGUGCAAAUGUGUUAUAAUAACACAGAUAAAUUCUCAGACCGGAUGUUUCAAAGCUCCAGCUCUCCUAUUAGAGAUAAAGGAGUAAAUGAGUCCAGGGACAAACUGGGUAACUAUAAGACAAACAAAGAUCUUUAUUAUCACAGCCCUACAAAAGGAAGAGUCGAGUCUGGAGGAACCACAGAUGUGUUUUGUUACGGGGAGGAUCCAGCUGUGGCGUCAACACAAAGAAAUGGCCUGACAUUUACUAGAAAGACUUGUAGCAAUGGUGUUAACGCGUCAGAUUUAUCACAUAUAGGGGCCUCACAGUCUCUCAGAACAGAAACUGGAUCCAGUGGUUUGCAACAUUUUAGGACAACAUCAAAAAGCUAUCAGGGAAAAGAGAGAACUGGUACGACAGACGGCAGCUUGAGACCUAAGAUCCUGGAAAGGGAAAAACGUUACAGCCCAGGCAAGAGGAAUCAAACAAUAAAACAACACUGGAAAUGAAAGAACACAUGUUUAUUUUAAAGUAAGGUUUGAAACAUUUCAUUUAGUGUUGUCAGUUUCUGAGGGCAGUUUGUCUCUUAGAUUUACUGUUUGAAUUAUUAACUAUUUUCUCUGAAGUUGAUAUUCACUCAGGAGGUGAUUGAGCUAUUAAAACAGAAAUCGGCAUUAAACUAUUAAUUAUUUGUUCUA